GUAUAUUGAAAAUGCAACUGAAGGCACCACUUGUUUGUAUAGAUAGCCUCGGUAUUAUUUGAGGGUGGGACUAUACUUCUUGGGUGCUGUGUAUUCAUUCCUAAAAUGAUUGGGAUAGAAGUAAAGGGACGCUUAAAUCAAUACGUAAAAGCCAUCCUGCGCAACGUAGUUGACGAAAAUGUGAUUGUCUUCUACCCGGAAAAAAAUGAAGAGGAACAGGUUCCGAUCAAAAAUGUGCGACUACCCCCAACUUCCGAACGAGAUGUUCAUCCUGGACAAAACGGGGAAGCCCUAUUUUCCGUCGUGACCGAUCAGACUCCAGGUUCAUCUAGUAAUACAAUUACACUGACUGGCCGUUGGGGCGAUGAAACUAAUAGUAAACCGGAAGUUGAACUCAUACUGGAUGAUCAGCUGAAUUAUCUCCCUAUUCCAUCUUGGUGGCCUUGUCGUGUUGUCAAGAUUCGAGAUGAUGUCGCAGUAGUGAAGUUAAAUGUAUCACCACCGGCCGAUGCAACGCCCUCAGAAAUUUCACUUUGUACACACCUUUCUACUGUCACCGAGAUCGUAAGUCGUAAGUCUCUACGUCAGCCCAGUGAUGACUGCCCAUGUCUGUCACCUGAUAUCAUUCACCGGCAUCGUAUUGAAAUUCCAAAGGAAUUGGCAGACUUUGCUUCUGAUCCUUCUGUCCACCAUGACUUUUUGCGCCAUUGUGGUGGCCCUGUAAGCCUACACUACGAUAAUGAGUCUUCCUGUUUGGUCGUGUUAACGACAGACCCUGUAACAGCCAAGAAUGUUGCCUUGUUGGAAGAUACUCAUUUAAGGAUGUUGCGCCAAAAAUGGGCCCUAACUCGAAGUCUUCGGCAAACUAUUCGAAAUCUUGAGGUCAAUCGCGGACCAGAUGUAUCACGACCAGGUGGGUCAAAAAACUGCAGUGACUGGAACAGUGAUCCUAGUCUAUUUGUUGAAAAGUUUUUUGUUCCUCAACAUCUCAUGGGUUUAGCUAUAGGUGCUCGUGGUGUAAAUAUUCGUGCUGCAAGAGAAAUUCCCGAUGUAAUCCGUAUCGAGUCAUGGGAACCGUGUGAAUAUAAUGCAAGAAAUAAUGACCCUGUCGAUAAUUCUGGAGAUUAUGGUGAAGCUGCGAUGUUUGUUAUAGAAGCCAAGACUCCGGAAGCUGCAAAACAAGCUCGAGCUAAAUUGGAAUACUCCGAGCUAUAUUUAGGUGUUCCACGUCGUUAUGUAGGACGUUUGAUCGGAAAAAGAACCUCAAAUAUUAUGUCCAUUAUUCGUAAAUCUGGUGUUGUUCACAUUCAUUUCGAUGAUCAUAUUGAAGGCUCCGUGUCUCUCAGCGAUGAUAAUAACCAAACUGAUGUUAUUAAGUAUUCCCAUCCAGGGCAUCCUUUAGCAAGCACAAUGCGACGAGUCUUUCUAAAGGCUGGAAGUGCUCAAACAUCCUCACAACCAUAUACAGAUGAGGAAUACGGUGGAUUCAUACUAGCUGGUACAAGGGACUCGAUCGAAAAAGCGCGUUUGUUGAUCAACUUCCAAAUGGAUUAUUUCUAUGAUCUUGAAAAAAUGGAGAGCGAAAAGCUGGAGUUAAUGCGUAGUUUAUCUCAUGGUGGAGUGGACUCUGGUCCAGGCUACCCAGCUCGUGGUACGGCAGUCGGACGUUGGGGUGAACGUGGUGGUGUUGGGAAUUAUGGCCGUGGUGGUCGCGGACGCAGACCAGGUCGUGGUGGCCUGUUACAUCCUCCUGUUAGUGAUGUCAAUCAUGGACAUUAUACAGAUGAUGAAAAUAUUGGAAAUCCAAUCCCCUGUCGAGGUGCAAAACGUACGCCUCGUGAAACAUACGGUCACCGUAGUUCUGGUGGAAGAAUCCCACGUCAAAGUGGAAGAGGAAGUCGGCGAAUAGGAGGUCCAGGUCGCGAUUCUAAUUGGAAUAACCUCAUGAACAACAACGGGGAUGUCGCUGACCGUCGUCGAGGUUCAGGUGAUUCGGAUGUCUUGGAGUCUGACAACUUGCCUGAUGGUUUGUCUGCAGAACGAGCAAACGCUGGAAGACAUAACAGAGUAGGACGUCAUUCUCCAGCUCCAAAUGGAUUUUAUUCUGAUAGAGAACGUGGGGACGAAAGUGAGGAUACCCUUAAUCCUAGCAAUGAAAACAAUUUCCCUUGUGGUGAUGCGUCUUCUGAAGACGGCGGGGGUUGUUCAGUUGACAAUAUGCGCUCAAGACUGAAUAAAUAUGUACAUAGUCGUCGUAACAGUAAAUCACGUCCCCCACGUCGCUCACAUCCAGCUCGUCCCCAAAAUUCCGACCAGUGGGAUACCAAUUGUCAAUUCAACAACGUCGAUUCAUCUCUUGGUAGUCAGAAGUUACGUAGUGGUGGUCAGGGUAAUUAUUCUGCCAGACAGCAGUCGGCGCAAGUAGUAUAUCAGGAAUAGAGAUCCUUGGACACUUUUACUGGAUGUUUGUGUGUACCUCUUUAAGUUGAGUUAACGAAAAAACUUCAUGUAUUACAUUCUCAUAUCUUCAUUUCUUGUUGUUGUUUGAAUAUUGUUUCUUUUGUUACUUUCCCGGAGUUAUAUAUAUAUAUAUAUAUAUAUA